AUGUCUCAAGACAUUGUGGUCGUAGGUGCCGGUGUGAGCGGCUUGACAACCGCCCUUCUACUCUCCAAGGCCGACAAAGUCACUGUUGUUGCAAAGCACAUGCCCGGAGACUAUGACAUUGAGUAUACCUCACCAUGGGCAGGUGCCAACUUCUUGCCAAUGGCGAGUAAGGAAAACUCGCGAUGGGAGACCAGAACUUGGCCAGAGCUGAAAAGGCUGGCCGAGGACGUCCCGGAAGCUGGUAUUCACUUCCAGAAGGCCCGAAUGUUUAGACGAGACAAGGACAUGAAGGGUUCUGUCCACCCUACCGAUCAUCUUCUUGACCGUGAUCCUUGGUGCAAGUCUCUGUUUCCCGACUUUCGGGAGCUGACGGCGGACGAGCUGCCUCAAGGAUAUCAAUCCGGCAGUGAGUUUACCAGCGUUUGUAUCAACACCGCAACGUACCUCCAGUGGCUGUUGGGCCAAUGCUUGAAGAGCGGUGUGAUCGUCAAGAGGGCUGUUCUCUCAGACAUUAGCGAAGCCAAGACAAUGAGCCACACCGGCUCCCCGGCAUCUAUUGUCAUCAACGCUACAGGCCUGGGCUCUCUCAAGCUGGGCGGCGUCAACGACACCACGCUCACGCCCGCAAGAGGUCAGAUAGUCUUGGUCCGCAACGAAGGGCCCGUCAUGCUAGGAGUAUCUGGCACAGACGAUGGGUCUACUGAGGACUUGUACGUGAUGCAAAGGGCAGGCGGUGGAGGCACCAUCCUUGGAGGAACCUAUGACAUUGGCAAUUGGAACGCCAACCCAGACCCUAACAUUGCACUGCGCAUCAUGAAGCGCGUUGUUAAUAUCUUUCCUAGCAUUGCUGGUGGAAAGGGCAUUGAGGGUCUAGACGUGAUUCGACACGGUGUGGGUUUGCGACCACUUCGAAAGGAUGGAGUUAGGAUUGAGACCGAGAAGCUUGACGAAUCAGCCUGGCUUGUUCACAACUAUGGGCAUGCUGGUUGGGGAUACCAGGCAUCUUACGGGUGUGCUGAGAGGGUUGUGGAGUUGGUUGAGGAGAUCAAGCAGCGCAGCGCGCGAGGAUCUAAGCUCUGA